AUGCAAUUUGUUGGAAAACCUAAGAAAAACAAGCAGCUUGCUGAAAGGGAUGCUGCUGUAGAGGCAUUGGCAUGGUUAACUCAUAUGUUUGACAACAGUCGAGAUGAAGAUGACAAGUCCCCACCUGAUGUGACUGACAACAUGCUUAAACUUCUUGGGAAAUGUGGAAGAUCAAAACUAGAAUCUGUGAAUAUUCCAAAUGAUCAGUACCAACAAUACGAACGGUUUUCCAAAGCUCUGCAAGAUGGAGACCUAAAUGCGACAAAGGAAUUCAUUACGCAACGCCCAAAUGCAGUAAGAACAAUAAUCACAGAAAGUACAGGGAGGACGGCCCUUCAUGUCGCGGCCAUUGCCGGACAUACAGAAAUUGUGGCGACACUGGUGGAGAAAAUGUCACCAGAAGACUUGGAAAUGAAAGACUCAAGUUACGUUGCUUUGCAUCUUCUGCUGCAUUGUCCACAGUUGGCCGCAACUUUUGAUCUGUCUACACGUACACCUGUGCAUAUACUCGCAAUGUAUCCAAGUGGACGCCGGCUCAAAUUUUGGCAAAAAUGGAUAUACAAAUCUAUAGUUAUAGAUGAAGACCGCGUCAUUAAAGAGAUAUAUACAAAACUCCCCAUCAAUAGUAAGAUGAGCUCAGUAUUGCCUGAGGCACAACCUGAUCGUCCUUCAGGAGCUGCUUUACAAAUGCUGAGAGAAUUACAAUGGUUUAGGGUGGUGGAGUCAAUUGUACCUCCAUGGACAUAUGGACACACAAACUCAAGGUUCUUGACACUAAGACAACUAUUUAUAAAAGAACACCAACAACUAUUAUAUGAUGGAGAUAGAUGGAUGAAAGAGACAGCAACUUCAUGUACUGUUGUUGGUACACUCAUUGUUACAAUCAUGUUUGCUGCAACAUUCACUGUUCCUGGUGGGAAUGAUGAAAGAACUGGUUAUCCAAAGUUUCUUGAUGACAAAACAUUCAUGUUCUACGUCGUAUCAGACGCAAUCUCACUUUUCUCUUCCAUUACUUCGGUUUUGGUGUUCUUGGGAAUCUACAUCAACAAAUGCAGAUGA